AUGACUACCCUCACGAUCAUGCGAGCGCUGCCGCGCGAGGUGGACCCGGCGCCCAAGGGCUGCCUGCUCUACGGCCCGCCCGGCACCGGCAAGACGCUGCUCGCGCGCGCCGUCUCCAACAACAUCGACGCCGCCUUCCUCAAGGUCGUCGCGUCGGCGAUUGUCGACAACGCCGACCGCGGGGAGCUGCUCAACCAGCUGGACGGGUUCGACGGCCUGGGCAAGAUCGAGAUCCCGCUGCCAGGCGAGUCGGCGCGCGUGGACGUGCUCAAGAUCCACGCGGCGCCCAUCACCAAGAAGGGCGACAUCGACUACGAGUCCGUCGUCAAGCUUGCGGACGGCUUCAACGCCGCCGACCUGCGCAACGUCUGCACCGAGGCGGGCAUGUUUGCGAUCCGCGGGGAGCGUGACUAUGCGGUGGAGGAGGACUUUAUGAAGGCGGUGCGCAUGAGAGCUGAGGCUGUCGACGGGCGGGUGUGGGCGCUGCGCGCCUACCUCUGUGUCGUCUUCGCGUGCCGCCUGUCGUUCGACUCGGGCGCCUUGAGCGUCGGGGUGGGCGAGCAGGGGACGCGGCUCUGA